ACCAGUAGGUUCAUGAGCCAUACAUUGUUCGUGUUGACUACAUAUAGUGCGAUUUUCCUUUCAAUAAUCAAGCGCAUAUUUACUGUACUUCAGUAAAAGCUUUUUGUUGUUGUUCUUGACACAACGCCCUCCAGUCAUGUCAGACAAAGGUCAAGACGUCGAUUUAACUAGAGCCAAACAAAACACGGGAGUCUGGCUGGUGAAGGUCCCCAAAUAUCUUUCUCAGCAGUGGGCAAAAGCAACUGGGCGAGGAGAAGUAGGCAAACUUAAAAUUGGGAAAGCUCAAGGGAAGACGGCGGUGUCUUUCAGUCUGAACGAGGAGCUGACUGUGGUGCAGUGCUCAGGGGAGAAGCUUUCGUCGGUGCGCUCCCCGAGAGAACAUCCCUUCACCAUGCAGACGGUGGGCGGCCAGACCCUCACUGUCUUUACAGAGACCCCAGACAAGGUGGCUCUUGAAGGCAUGGUUGUGCAGCGAGCUGAGUGUAGACCUGCAGUCAGUGAGAGCUAUAUGAAAUUAAAGAAGCUCCAGAUUGAAGAAUCCACCAAACCUCUUCGUUUUUCCCAGAAGCUUGAGAAAGCUAUCACAACAAAUUACAAACCUGUGUCCAACCACAGCCAUAAUGUGGAAUAUGAGAAGAAAAAGAAAGAGGAAGGCAAGCGUGCAAGAGCUGACAAGCAGAAGGUUCUGGAAAUGCUCUUCUCUGCCUUUGAGAAACACCAGUACUACAACAUCAGAGACCUGGUGGACAUCACGAAGCAACCGGUGAUUUACCUGAAGGAGAUUCUUAGGGAGAUUGGAGUGUAUAAUUCCCGAGGGCCUCAUAAGAGCACCUGGGAGCUGAAGCCAGAGUAUCGCCACUAUGAGGAAGGACAGGAAGAUGAAGAGGAAAAAAUGGAGUAAUCCAGUUUACAUAAGCCUGGGUUGGUUUUGCUUUCAUGUAACUCUUGUUUGUUUCUGUGCCAGAUUUGUUUUAGGUCUCUUGUUCAGAGACCUUGUUCACUCCCAGGUGGAACGAAUGUCAGUAUAAAAGAAAUCAAGAUAAACUUUUUUUUUUCUUUGGUUACAUAACCAAGCGUUUCUCUAAGAGCAUUAUGAAAUGAAUACUGUAAUUUGCAUAUGACUCUUACAAUCUUCUGAGUUAAGAGCACUUGUGUUUAUGGUUACAGAAGCACAUUAAUAACAUUAAUGAAAACGCAGUCACCCUUUGGACUUUCCAUUAGUUUAAUAGUUUCAUAACUCUCGUCAGUAACAGUUUGUGCAUAUAAACACAUCUGUCCUGCUGGGCAGGAAUAAUCACAUGCAAGAGUAAAUUGCUCAAGAUCACAUGCAGGUCACACUUCACCACAAAACUAAAUUAAAACAAAAUUUGCAUUGCAAGAUGAAGCAUAUUUUUAGGACCAACAAGGAUUUUUGGAUUGUUACAUAAUCACAAUUUCUCCCAAAAUUCACUACUGGAAUGCCUUUUAGCGCUUCUGUAUUUAAUAUUGUUCUCUACAGUGUUUACGUAUCAAUGUAGUUUGUUUUUCAGUUUAAAUUAGCAUGAAGGCAACACAAUAAAUACCUUCAUAAUGUAAAAAUACUUUUUAUUUAGGGGUUGGUGUGGUGAUAUAAAAAUAAACUUCAUUUUCGUUCUGGAUAGGUGCCGCCCAUUAUAUCUGCAGAGAUGUUUCCUCUGCUACUAUAAAAAUAUCUUUUUCACCACCCCCAAUACAUAGAUAAAUAUAAAGUUACAAAUAAUAAUAAAAUUAUUAAAUGCAUUUAUAACAGGUCAAAAACACACAGAUUUAUUUAUUCCUGUGAUGCAAAGCUGAAUUUUCAACAUCAUUACUCCAGUUUUCAAUGUCAAAUGAUCCUUCAGAAAUAUUUCUUAGUGUUGAAAACCAGUUAAUAUUUUGCAAUACAAGAUGAAACAGAUUUUUUCUCCCCUGAAAUUCUUUGCUGGAUAUAAAGUUAAGAACAAUUUACUUGAAAUGGAAAAGUAAUCGUUAAGCGUUUUUACGGUCACUUUUGAUGAAAUGGCAUGGUGUGUAAAAUUUUUUUAAGUUACCCUAACCUUAA